UUGUAAACAAGCGUGUUUCGGCGCGCGCAUUCGUAAGCAUGAGACGCGACCGCAUCGGAUUGGUAAUACUGUUUCAGUUCGCGCUGCUGGCCAUCGAUGUGGUGCUGAACGUUUUGACAGAUCUCCACAGAGGUUCACCAGUCACCCUGCUGCUGCUUUUCAUCAUCCAAGACUUCUGCAUCGUGUUGAGCCUGCUGGUCAUGUGCCUCACGAUAUUCAAUACCUAUGCUUUCCAAGUCGGCGAGUUCAGGGAAGUUGCCGCCACAUUCAAGACACCGGUCGCAGUCAACUUCAUCUACUUGGUGCUGUCACUGGUGUUACAUGUGUGGUCCAUGGAAAUGAAUGAAGACGGGUCAUCCGAGCAGCUGCGGCACUCAUGGAGAACCAGAGCUACCGAUGUCACAUUGUUCACGCUUCAAAGAUUUGCUGGGGUGUGGCACUACUACUUCUACAAAAAGACCGCCCUGUUCAUGGCGGACGACCGACUGUACCGCCCGAGUGGCCGUUCUGCUGCAACGAAAUGCUCCGCAGCAACGGCGGAGGAGCCGAUGUGACGUCAGCAUGUUCACGCAAAGAGAGACUGCAACAGCCUUAGUACCACGAAACAGUAAAACGACAGCUUUUAAUUCUGUUCUACAUCGGCAACUGGGGACAGCCGCUGACUGACGAAAAAAAAAAACAA